AUGUAUGCAUACAUCCAGGGGCUCAACAAGGACGGAGAUAUUGUAUUUGUGGGUCCGAGCCAUUCAUUCUUCACACCACAAGCACCAAGCUCCUCAUAUGCUCCAGUAAAAAUUGCCGAAAGCAGUAUUACGAUACAAUUGCAGCAUGGCCCGACACAUCUCAUUAUUCCUGGCGAGCUCACGAGUGGUCGUGUGUAUCUUGCGGAACAGCCUCUUCAGUUCGCCAUUGUGCGCUUCGGCAACGAUUCAUCAGGGCUUGUCACACCUGACGCCACUAAUGAGAAAGACGCAAGUAUGAAGGUUCCAUGGGGAUUUGCCGAGUUCACCUUCAGCGAGAAGGCAGGCCUCAUCUUGAACCCGAGCUAUGUCGACUUUGCACCUCCACUUGCUCUAGAGCUUUCUGCGGAAGGCUCAACCAAGAGCACCACUCAAGUGAACACUGGUUUACCUGUCGAUGGUCUCGCGAGGAUCUGUGAUAUGCUCAAAGCUCAGGCAGCAAUUGAUGGUCAACCAUGGGACCAGCUUUGCAUUCGUGAUCAAGACGCGGGGAAAAUUCUGCGGGUCGUAUCUCCCAACAUCCGACGGUAUCAGAUGAGAACACCUGGCAGGAUACAAAACUCCAGCAACAUCUUCGACGGCUACUUCGAAUCGUAUGUGGGCGAGGUCUGGCAGCAUUAUGCCUCCCAACCAGGAGGACUCACUUUCGACACCCAAUCGCCCACGGGCGACAUCCUGUGCACGAUGCAGGGAGACGUCUUUAACUGUGAUCAUAAUGCCGGAACGAUCAGCAAGCCAUCCACUGGUGACAUCUUGACCUGUUCCGAAGGUCAACUCGCGAACGUGGGCACUGACGAGCACAAGAGCGUUGUCGCUCGUAUGUGUGCUGCCUUUGUCCGGAGCACCAUCAUGCCUUCAAAGAAGCUGCCAGACAUGAAGACCGCCAGACAGCCGAGUAACGACAUCAAGCCGAACAUGUACUACACGAACGAUGUGUGCAACCAUUAUUCUCGCAUUAUACACUCCGUCUUGCCGGGGAAAAGAGGCUAUGCUUUUCCGUACGAUGAUGUCAAUCCACCCGAACCAGGGAACCAGACGAUGAGUGCAGAUGGUAUCAUCUCUGUGAGGAAUCCGGAGUGGGUCAAGAUUACCAUCGGAGGAAGGGCCAAUUGA